AGCUUGUGGUUGCGUCGCGAGGAAGCCUACUAUUUGAUUGAUCGGGGCUUAGUGACGACGCAAUCAACACGACGCUCCAGAAGAGAGGCGCCCUCAGACGCUGUGUGGAGUGACAUCAAAGUUUCGUGCCCCGGUGGUAGUACCAGAGUGCCCUAGCGGAACCGGAAACGAGAGGACGAAACGGUGCACUCUUGGCAGCGUUGAAACAAAGCAUCAGGGGGCCACACGGACGGACGAUAGCAACGAGAGAGGACGACUUCCGAUGGAAACUGUUCUGUGAGGCGCAAACCGAGAAAAGGAGGCCCAAUACAAUUCACGCUCGCGCGCGCCGACCAAAGACGACGACGAUCCGGAGACCGAGCUGUUGUUGGUGGUGACUGUGUUGUUUUUACUGUUGUUAUUGUUGUUUGCUUCCUCCACAAAACUGUCCUCCACCACCGGCGGAAGCAGAGCCCACUGAAGCAGCUACCAGUGUGUGCGCGCGCGUUUGUGUGCCUGUUGUAGGUUGUAAGCGCAAAAGUUUACCAUUUUAGAGGAGAGAGCACGAAAGACUCCGACACACCGUGACCCCACGACCCGCACAUUGUACGCUCCACGUCCAUGACCCGUUAGUCGGUUAGACGACCCCCACAGGAUAGACGCAGGAGCUGCUCUCGUCAGCGCGAUCCUACGAAUGACCUAAAGCAACCGGCGCAACAACAACGAUCUGGUGUAGGAAGAAGUUCCCCGAGACUUUUCUACCGGACCCGCCAACGGAAGGACAGCGGGUUUCCCGCACAUUUUGCACACACCCCGAGAAGGAAGCCCGAAGGGCCCACAGCCUCACCACGGAUCCGUAUCCAGCAGCACUGCACAAAAUGUCCAUCCCGAACCCGGCUGGACAGCUUGACGGGGCCUUGGCGGCGGCGGCCCCCAAGUACGGUACGCUGAUACCGAACCGCGUCUUCGUCGGUGGCAUCAGCGGUGACACAACGGAAGCGGAACUGUGCCGUCUCUUUUCGUCGUACGGCAACGUGAAAUCGACGAAGAUCAUCGUCGACCGGGCGGGCGUCAGCAAAGGCUACGGUUUCGUGACGUUCGAGACGGAACACGAGGCACAGAAGCUACAGAAUGACUGCGAUUGCAUCGUGCUGCGGGAUCGUAAGCUCAACAUAGCGCCGGCCAUCAAGAAGCAGACGAUCUGUGCCACGAACGGGGCCGUCUACUACGCGGCGACACCGCCCACACCCGCGAUCAACAACAUCCCGAUCGAGCAGUUCGCGGCCGUCUACCCGCCCGGUGUGCCAACCAUGUACCCGCCAACGUUGCCGUACCAACCGUUCUACCAGUACUACAGUGUGCCAAUGGUUCCCAAUGCUUUCCCGCCACAGAACGUGCCCACCAUCUGGCCUCAAAACUAUCAAGGAAUCUACCCGUGCUAAGCCAGCGGAGAGACCGGAUGGUGCCGCAUACAGAGCGACGUGUUCCAAUCAUAAUAGAUGAAGAGAAAGAGAAGAAAAACAGUUCGAGAGAGGGAUGGAGUGAACAUGUAAGAACAGAGUAGGCGAUGCAGCAGCAGAUACUUCUUGCGCCACAUCGCGCGAUAUGAACCAGUUCCGGGACAGACGGAACUAAAAAAAAACUUAUUUAUUAUCAUGAGUAAUAUUUAUACAAACCGGAUGUAUAGUAGAGAGAAAACGUAAAGGCAAAAAGAGAUAACAAUCUGUGUAUAAAAUUACGAAACCGGCGUGUGUGGAAAAGAAAACAAAUCGAAAGGACACCAUCAACGGGGGGCCACUGAUGCAGCGCGUUCGUCGUGUGAGAAGGGCCCUAUUCAAAAGCACACAUAUAUGGCAAGUCUAUUUUCAGUUCUUGCCCAGCGGCGUCCAACGGUGUUUUGGAAGCAACAAACUUUAAACAUCGGCCUCAGAUACACUACCAACGGAACUAAACGAAAAGUGAGUUGCUUGCCCA